GUUUAAUUAAAAACGCGAAAAUUAAAUAAAUCCAACAAGAGACGAAAAGAUCGAGAGAAUAUAUUUUUAAAACCUAAAACUGUUUUCAAAUCUGUUCGUCAUUUCCGGUAAAUACUCGCCGGAUAAAAUGAAAACUCAUGAUAUAGCAGUGUGUAUUAUAAUAUUUAUAGUAUGUCCUUGUACUGGGACAAAUAAUCUUUAAAACAUUAUCAAACUAGAGUGAGAAAAGAAUUCUAUAGUUGAUCAGAAUCACUUGUUUUGGAGUACUUAUCAGCUGUUUGGUGUAUAAAAGAUAUAGUUUGCUUGACAAGAUGAGAGUUAUAUUUUGUUGAAAUUUUCGACUUGAAGUUGGAAUCGAAAGAUACACUUACAAUAGGAUAUAAGUCUCAUCUAAUUCAUACAUUUGCUUAAUAUAUUCAGAAUAUAUAAAAUAAGAAAAAUGGAACGUAUACCAUUACACAAAGCACUAGAAUCAUUGGCUUGGCUAGAGGGAACAUGGAAAACAGAGACUCAAGGGAAUGGAAAAUAUCCCACUAUCAAAGAUUUUAGCUAUUACGAGGAACUAAGCUUCACAUCCCUAGGGCAACCCAUGUUCAAUUACACUGCCCAAAGCUUUUCCAACUCGGAUUUAAAGAAGCCGAUGCAUCGAGAAAUGGGCUUUCUGAGAGUGAACCCAGAAACUAAUCAAGCAACACUUAUCUCGGCGCAUAACUUUGGUUUAACAACCAUUGAAUAUGGUCAGAUAGUUGACAAAGCUAUCCACUUAAACAGUAGUGAUAUAACUACAAUAAAGGGAGCAAAAGCGCCCCAUGUAACACAGAUACGCAGAGAAUUUAAGUUUUAUGAUGAUUGUUUGGAAUAUGUGCUUUACAUGGCAACGUCGAAUACUCCAGUGCUGACCGAGCACUUGAGGGCGAAGUACAUAAAAGUGGACAAAGAGACAUAAAAGAACGUGAAAAGCAAAUGAAGUUUUUAUUUCACAGAUGUUUGAUUAAUUUUGUAAAUGCUUAUGCGAGAGUGAAUAAAAGCUUUAGAACAGUA